CGGAGGGAAUUAGGCAGGAAGAUGCGAAGGUGGCUAGUAUUCGAGACUGGCUACGACCUCAGACAGUCACUGAGGUCAAAUCAUUCUUAGGAAUGUGCGGCUACUAUAGGAACUUCGUUAAGAACUAUUCUACAAUCGCCUCUCCUUUGACUGAUCUAACUCGACUUGACACACCGUGGGACUGGAGUGAUGAGUGCGAAGGUGCUUUCAAGAGAUUGAAGCAUGCACUCAUGAAUCAUGAAGUUCUCAUGGUUCCCGAUCUGCAGAAGCCAUUCAUAAUGACCACUGACGCAAGCCAAUACAGCAUUGGCGCAGUGCUGGCUCAGCAGGAUGGGAAAAAGUUGAGACCGAUUGAGUACAUGAGUAAGAAAAUGCCUUCGAAGAAGCUGGCUAAGUCCACCUACGAAAGGGAACUCUAUGCUCUUUACAAGGCACUUGUCCAUUGGAGACACUUCCUUUUGGGAAGGUUCUUCUAUUUGAGGACUGAUCAUCAGACCCUCAAAUGGAUCAAGACUCAACCGGCUCUUUCUGAUGCACUCAAGCGAUGGAUUGAGGUCAUAGACCAAUGUGACUUCAAGCUUGAGCACUUGAAGGGAGAGUACAACAAGGUUGCAGACGCGCUAUCCCGUACAGCAGACUACCUAGGUGCGCUAGUUUCUGAAUUUGGCGUAUCUAAUGAAAUAACUCAAUCAUUGGUGGGAGCCUAUCAGGAAGACCCUGUCACGAUGGACAUCAUCCGCAAACUUCAGGCGAAAGACAAGGCCACAGAAAGUGAGUUUGUGAUGGUGGAUGGGCUAAUCAAUCUUGAUAAGGCCCGAGUAAAGAGAUUGGUAGUUCCAUCUAGUGAACAGUUGCGUAGUUUAUUUUUAGGCGAAUGUCAUGACGCAACUGGGCACUUUGGCUACAAGAAAACGAGUGCUAACUUAGUACAACGAUUUUGGUGGCCUAGAAUGUUAGAUGACGCAAAGAAGUAUGUUGAGACCUGUAAGGAGGCCAACGAUAGGGCCGCCGCCGCGGCCAAGGAACGUAACCGGAUCGAGCAAGAAGAGGAGGCCAAGCGACAGCAGGAGGAACAGGACCGACUUCGUCAAGAGGAGGCAGACCUGCAGGCUGCAGCCGAACACCAGUCACGCCAGCGGGAACGACUGUUCACGCGGGAGUCCAUGAUCGGCGAUGAGACCACACAUUGGGUGGAAAUGGCAUCUGCGGACGAGGCCUCGGAGACUGACAAAGGGUUGUCAGCCGUUGCGCAGAUCUCCCACGACCUCGUGGCCACCUGCGCUCUGCAGCAGGAGGAAAUCCUUCACCUGCAGCAGACAGUGGACCAGAUGCUUGUACGGCUGCAGGCAUUGGAGAAACAGCCAGUUGCCGCAGCAGCCGUAGGGCCUUCCAACCUUGCCACCCGUGUUCAAGUUUUGGAGGAUGACGUCAGCAACAUCAAGCGUGUGCAUCAGGACUUCCGGACGUCACAGCAAGCAACAAACUUGCAGUUGGAGAUGCAGGUCCAGGCUGCUGCUACCGUGACGCCCGCGACCGCAUCCUCCCGACGCCCACCCAAACUGGAUGACCUUCCAGUUUUCUGCAAUCAGUCCAAGACGGACCCGAUUCCAUGGUGGCGCCAGUUCACUCUCACGCUCGACAUGCACCAUGUCCUGAACAACUAUCGACAUGCGUGCUUGUACCACCGAUCUGGUGGUGCAUGUCAAGCAUGGCUGGACAACAUAUUGACCAGCCACGGUGUAGCAGCGUCGGAACUGCACACCAAGCUCACUUGGCAGGAGCUGACCGACGCCUGGCACAAGCGAUUCCAAGUGGAGCCGCCCGAUUUGCAGGCGAUGGAGAAGUUAAACAAGCUCCAUCAGAACUCGCUCCUCAGUCAGGACAGGAUUACCAAGUUCCAAAGACUCGCCUCCACACCCGACCCGCUCGCAUUCCGCGGCGUCAAGCACUUGUUCAUCAUGCGCUCGUGUCCAGCCCUGCAAAACGCGCUGACGCAGAUUGCAGAGACACUCGACACGUCAGACAAGCUUUUCACCACAGCGUCACAGAUCAUUCUCACGAAUGUAGAAGCCCGCAACGCCGGCCGAUCUUCCGCGACGUCGAGCAGCAACCAGCCCAAGCCAAAGGUGGCUUGCAUUGCGGCGACUUCGCCAACUUCUUCUACCGAGGCUGCAACACCAAACAAGGGUGACGUGUUGGCAGCUGCCUGGGAUGGUGGCCGGCCGCACAACAAUCACGGCCGCGACAAGACAAAGACUCAGUCCACCUCUUCACCGGGCACCGGAUCAGCAGCCGACGAACCUUGGCUCCAAUACGGACUCUCGACGAAUUGCUACCGCACGAGACUCAAGUACCACGAGUUCUCGGACGUUUUCGAGACUCCCUCCGGGAUAGUGCCGGACUGGCCGAUCUCUCACGAGAUCAUACUUGAGGCCGGCGCCGAGCCACCCAAGGGAUGCAUUUAUCGCAUGUCCGAGAAGGAGCUCACGGUUCUCCGUGCGCAACUCGAUGAUUUACUUGAGAAGGGUUGGAUCCGCCCUAGCAGCUCACCUUACGGUGCGUCCGUGCUCUUCGUUCGGAAGAAAAACAAGGACCUUCGACUUUGCAUUGACUAUCGACGCCUCAACGCGCAAACCAUCAAGAAUGCGGGGCCUCUACCUCGCAUUGACGAUUUGCUUGAGCGUCUGGGCGGCGCUAAGUAUUUUUCCAAGUCGGGCUAUCAUCAGAUUUCCAUCCGCCCGCAAGAUCGGUACAAAACCGCGUUUAAGACGCGAUAUGGGCAUUUUGAGUGGGUAGUUAUGCCUUUUGGCCUCACCAAUGCCCCGACCACCUUUCAGGCGGCCAUGACCACCGAGUUCCGCGCUAUGUUGGACCGCUUCGUCUUGGUCUACUUAGACGACAUCCUCGUCUAUAGCCGAACUCUCGAGGAGCAUCUCGAGCACUUUCGUCGUGUUCUAGAGACUCUUCAGUCAGCCCGGUACAAAGCCAACCGCGACAAAUGUGAGUUUGUCCAGCAAGCGCUUGAAUACUUGGGUCAUCUUGUAUCCCCGGAAGGCAUUCGUCCGUUGGCGGACAAGAUUCAAGCCAUCCAGGAGGCCCGAGCCGAAGAAUGUGACAGACGUACGAUCGUUCCUCGGCUUGGUCGGUUAUUAUCAGCGCUUCAUCAAGGGUUACUCGAAGAUCGUGGCCAACCCAACCUAAGCAAGUUACAAAGCGAGGAGCGGCCUUUUGACUUCGACGACGAUGCGCGCCAUUCUUUUGAAACACUCAAAGCGACACUUUUGUCCGCCGAGGUGUUACACAUUUACAACCCACUCCUAGCUACGCACGUCACCACCGAUGCGUCUGGCUAUGGCAUUGGGGCCGUCCUUGAGCAGCACGAUGGCACAAACUGGCACCCGGUCGAGUACUUUAGCAAGGAAGUGCCUCUCGUGCAUUCGAUCGAUGACGCACGAAAGAAGGAGCUUCUUGCCUUCGUCCACACCAUCAAGCGUUGGCGGCAUUUCCGAUGGGUAAUGGAUAACAAUCCGUUGGUAUUCUACAAGUCACAAGACACGAUUAGUAAUACCAUUACCCGCUGGAUGGCUUUCAUCGACCAGUUUGACUUUUUCCCCGAUCACAUUCCCGAGAAGUCAAACCGUUUUGCGGACGCCCUCUCACGGCGACCGGAUCUUUGCACCACAGUCUACUCUACCUUCGAGAUCGACGACRACUUGCGGGAGAGCUUCAUCCGCGGCUAUCAAACCGACCCCCACUUUCGCGACAACGGUUCUAUUGGCCCGACCUUCUCAAGGACGCCACCCGCUAUUGUGAGUCGUGCGAAGUCUGUCGGCGUUGCAAGUCACGCAACCAUCGUCCGUUCGACGAGCUACACCGACUACCAGUGCCCCUUGGGCGACGGGCAGCGAUUGCUAUGGAUAUCACCGGCCCCUUCCCGAAGCACAAGACCGGCGUUGAUGGGAUCCUCACGGUCGUCGACCGCCUCACCAAGUACGCCAUGUUUUUGCCUUGCCGCUAUCACUGGUUGGGAGUUAGCCGAGGUCUUAUACACCGGUUGGAUUCACUCCAAGGGCUACCCCAAGGAUAUCGUUUGCGACCGGGACACUCACUUUCUCUCCGACUUUUGGGUCGCCCUCGUCAAGCGAUGGGACUCAUCUUUGAAGUCGAGUUCGGCUCGCCACCCGCAAACCGAUGGUCAAAUGGAUAGGGCGCAUCAGACCGCUCAAGUCCUUCUACGCACUCUUAUCCGUCCCGACCAGGUUGAUUGGGUUGAGCGCUUGCCAGACGUUGAGUUGGCUUACAACUCAUCGAUCCAUUCGACUAUCGGGAUAUCGCCAUUCGAGUUUGAGCAUGGUUCACCCAUCUCAUCACCGCUGGACGCCAUUUUGCCGCGCACAGCCGAGAGCCACGACCAUCUUGCGUUCCUUCAUCGCAUGCAAGAGCUCCUUGUCAAGGCACGAGAUCAGAUGUCAAAGACGCAAAUACGGAUGAGUCGUCAAGCCAACCGCAAUCGUCUCCCUUGCCCGUUCCGCGCCGGCGAUCGGGUUUGGGUCUCCGCCGCGGAGUUCAACCUUGAGCAAGACAUCUCUCGCAAGCUCCUUCCCAAGUGGAUGGGGCCUUGGCACAUUCUCUCUGCAGUUGGUGAUGAUCCCGAGGGGCCUUCAUUCCGCAUCGCGGUGCCCCCUCACUUGCCCGUCCACACGGUGUUCCACUGUUCCAAACUCGCUCCUUUUGCUUCAACGGAGUUCAACGAGUUUCCCGACCGACGUACGCAAGACCCUCCUUCCAUGGACGGAUUUCAGGGCCGGCUAUAUCAUCACCGAGAGGCGCCAUGGCAACAAAGAGACAGAGUUUUUACUUCACUUCUCCUACUGCAGCCACAAGGCUGACCGUUGGCUGACGCGUUUGGAACUGCAGGCCACAACUC